AUGCGUUCCAUGCGGGACGACAAGAGGACCUGGAGCGCCACAGAGCUGAUCCGGCUCCUGGGGACGGGAUCGUACGGAUCCGUCUACCAGGGCGUGUGCGAGGGCGAGAAGGUGGCGGUCAAGGUGCUGCAGCUGGUAGCAGGCUCCGAGGCCGACAUCAACAACGAGCUGCGCCAGCUGCGCGGCUGCGACCACGAGAACAUCAUCGCGUACAGAGACGCCUUUGUCGGAAAGACGCAGCAGGUGAUCGCGCAGCCGGCGACGCGCCUCGCGCCCGCCCCAAAGGCGCUUUGGGUGGUGAUGGAGUACUGCGAGGCGGGAAGCUGCCUCGACGUCAUGCGCGAGCGCGGCCGCGGCUUUGACGAGCCGUGCGUCGCGCACAUCAGCUGCUGCGUGCUGCGCGGGCUGGAUUACCUGCACACGCAGCGCAAGGUGAUCCACCGCGACAUCAAGGCGGCGAACGUGCUGCUCAACGCGCGCGGGGAGGUCAAGCUCGCCGACCUCGGCAUUGUCGCGCAGCUGCAAAACACCAUGUCGAAGAGGGGGACGAUGAUUGGCACUCCGCACUGGAUGGCGCCAAGAAGCGUAGAUGAUCCGGAGUACAGCUCCGCCCGGUGGUGGGCAGCCGUGCGGCUGGGAGACGCCGCGCCCGAGGCGCUCAGUCACGCGGCGGGCAUUUGCGAGGGGGGCUACGGCACCGCGGUCGACGUGUGGUCGCUCGGCAUCACCGUCAUCGAGCUCAGCGAGCGCGACCCGCCCUUCUUCGACGCCUCCUCGGUCUAUGGAGCCAUGCUGCGCAUCGUGCAGGGCCCGCCCGCAAAGUGCCGCGCCCUAGAAGCCCAAGUAGAAGACGCAGUUGCCUAG